AUGCCGAAACCAAUCAAUGUCAGAGUAACUACAAUGGAUGCAGAGCUGGAAUUUGCCAUCCAGCCCAAUACGACAGGCAAGCAGCUCUUUGAUCAGGUAGUGAAAACUGUUGGUCUUCGUGAAGUCUGGUUUUUUGGGCUGCAGUAUGUGGACAGCAAAGGCUACUCAACGUGGCUGAAGCUAAAUAAAAAGGUAACACAGCAAGAUGUAAGGAAAGAAAAUCCUUUGCAGUUUAAGUUCAGGGCCAAGUUUUUUCCAGAGGAUGUAUCUGAAGAAUUAAUUCAGGAAAUAACUCAGAGACUUUUCUUCCUGCAAGUCAAAGAAGCAAUCUUAAAUGAUGAAAUAUAUUGCCCACCAGAAACUGCAGUUCUUCUGGCUUCUUAUGCUGUCCAGUCCAAGUAUGGAGACUACACUAAGGAGAUACACAAACUAGGCUACCUAGCCAAUGACAGACUUCUCCCUCAGCGUGUGUUAGAACAGCACAAACUGACAAAAGAACAGUGGGAAGAAAGAAUACAGAACUGGCAUGAAGAGCACAGGGGAAUGUUAAGGGAAGAUUCUAUGAUGGAAUACCUUAAGAUAGCACAAGACUUGGAAAUGUAUGGAGUCAACUAUUUUGAAAUAAAGAAUAAGAAAGGAACUGAACUGUGGCUAGGAGUUGAUGCUUUGGGUCUGAAUAUUUAUGAGCAUGAUGACAAGCUGACACCCAAGAUUGGUUUUCCUUGGAGUGAAAUCAGAAACAUCUCUUUUAACGACAAAAAAUUUGUCAUAAAGCCAAUUGACAAAAAGGCCCCUGAUUUUGUUUUUUAUGCACCUCGUCUGAGAAUCAACAAGCGAAUUUUGGCACUGUGUAUGGGAAAUCAUGAAUUGUACAUGAGGAGGAGGAAACCUGAUACAAUUGAAGUGCAGCAGAUGAAGGCCCAAGCUAGAGAGGAGAAACAUCAGAAACAAUUGGAAAGGGCACAGUUAGAAAAUGAGAAAAAGAAAAGGGAGAUAGCAGAAAAGGAAAAGGAAAGAAUAGAGCGUGAAAAGGAAGAAUUAAUGGAACGCUUAAGACAAAUUGAGGAACAAACAAUGAAAGCCCAGAAAGAGCUAGAGGAGCAGACUAGAAGAGCUCUAGAACUGGAUCAGGAGCGGAAGCGUGCAAAAGAGGAAGCGGAGCGCCUGGAGAGAGAGCGUCGAGCAGCUGAAGAAGCUAAAGCUGCUCUAGCCAAGCAGGCAGCUGAUCAGAUGAAAAACCAGGAGCAGCUAGCAGCAGAACUUGCUGAAUUCACUGCCAAGAUUGCACUCCUAGAGGAGGCCAAGAAAAAGAAAGAAGAGGAAGCCUCAGAAUGGCAGCACAAAGCUUUUGCAGCCCAAGAGGACUUGGAAAAGACCAAAGAAGAACUGAAAUCUGUGAUGUCUGCUCCUCCUCCACCUCCUCCCCCACCAGUUAUUCCCCCAACAGAGAACGAACAUGAUGAGCAUGAUGAAAACAAUGCUGAAGCCAGUGCAGAGCUGUCUUCUGACGGUGUCAUGAACCACAGAAGCGAGGAAGAACGAGUGACAGAAACACAGAAAAAUGAACGUGUUAAGAAACAGCUCCAGGCGUUGAGUUCUGAGCUGGCUCAAGCCAGAGACGAAAGCAAGAAGACGCAGAACGACGUCCUUCACGCGGAGAACGUCAAAGCGGGCCGGGAUAAGUACAAGACUCUGCGGCAGAUCCGGCAGGGCAACACCAAGCAGCGCAUCGACGAGUUCGAGGCCAUGUUACAAAAGUACGAUCUCUUGCAGCCCUUAGGAUAGGAGCAAGGUAAAGAUCAGCAGAAGACCUGGGGUCUGCCAAAUCCUGCUAUUGCACUUCUGUAAAUCUGGACCGUUUACAGCACUUUAAAUUAGGUGCUGCCUGGUCCGUGAAGAGGUUUUUGGAAGGACCAGGAACUGCUGUUACGACAUUUCGCUAACGUUUGGUUCUCUCAUGGUCUCUAAAGCUCUCCUUUGUUGUCUUUUCCCAGGAGAAAAUUAGCUUUUUGAAGUAUUUAAGCUGUUGUUCUUCCCAGAAAAACAGGAAGUAGUCCUAAUAUGUUAAUCUUUAACAUGUAAUGGGACAUGCUAGAGU